AUGAGGGCUCAUUUUGUCGACCACUUGUUACGGGCUGCUCGAGAUCACAUGACCUCUCCGCUCUCCCAGCACUUGGAUAGUUUCCUUUUCCUUCUUACGCAACUCAAGAGACUUUCCAGACCACCUACGUUUCAUCCCGUAGUACUCAGAUUCUAUCUCUCGCAGGGACACUACGAUGAAACAAUUUUCCUCAGAAAAGUCAAGAACCGAGAAACCUUCACCAUCAGGAGAUGA